AUGGGAAUCAACAAGAGCAAUAUAAAUAACCAUGUAAAUAUAAGAGGGUUAAGAGAGCAAAGACAUGACCUUAUGUUUCCUCUCUGUUUCUUGCACAGGUUCCACAUCCGUUAUUACCGGGAUGUUUUGGGCCUCAAGUUUGCAGUUGAUGAAAUUAACAACUCUUCAGACCUGUUGCCUAACAUCACUCUUGGCUUCAGCCUCUUGGAGUCUUGUAUGUCAGAGCUCCGGGCCAUAGGAGGGGUUAUGUCCCUUUUGUCAGGGGUAGGAAACCCUGUUCCUCAAUACAACUGCCACAAGUCCUCUGCCAUGGUUGGGAUAGUUGGAGACAUGGCAUCAGCUCUGUCUCUACCCAUUGCCAGGAUCCUAGGAGUCCUUCAUUAUCCACAGGUAUCCAACUCAAGUUGUAGACAUAGAGUAAAGCUAAAAAUAGAUUUAAAAACAAUUUUUAUAUCAAGUAUGUCCUCUGAAGUCUUGGUGACUGGAAAGCUUUAUUUUAGGUUGUCUACUUUAACACACAAGCCCAAAGAAAGUCAGAAGCAGAUUCCAGUCACUUGGACCAUAAAUAAAGGAAUCACUGCAAAUAUCAGCCAUGGGGCCUCUUCAUCAUCCUUGAGUGACAAGGUGAACUUUCCAUCUUUCAUGCGCACAGUGUCCAGUAACAUGUUUCAAAACAUUGCCCUCUCGCGGCUCGUUAAUCUGUUUGGUUGGACUUGGGUUGGAAUGCUGAUAGUGGACAACGAUGUGGGUGAGCAGGGUGGGAGGGUGAUCAGGGCCGAGAUAGAGAAAAGUGGAAGCUGUGUAGCAUUUGUUGAAAAAAUCCACCUGAGCUACUCCAGGAAGCAAGUCCUGAGGGUGGUGGGAAUCGUAAGACAAAGUUCAGCCAACGUAAUCAUCCUCCACAGCACUGAGCCUCAUAUUAUGGCGUUGCUCGAUGCCUUGUUUGAUGAUGGUGUGACUGGGAAGAUUUUUAUUUCUUCUGUUUCCUUUACGAUCACUCCUGGCCUGUUCUCCAGGAAGGCAUGGAAAGUUCUUAACGGGACUGUAGGCCUAAUGCCCAAAACAAGACCUAUGCCAGGCUUUGAGUUCUUCCUUCAAAGUCUACAUCCAGCUUCAAACUCUACAUUUCCCUUCAUUAAACCCUUCUGGGAAACAGCCUUUCACUGCAGCUGGUCUGGGGAAGGGACACUGGAAGAUAAAGAAAAUUCUAUGAGUGGUGGGUCACCAUGCACUGAAGAUGGAACUCUGAGAGUGAAAAUACCAGAAUUAUUUGAAAUCUAUGACCUGAGCUACACAUAUCAUGCCUACCUUGCUAUAUAUGCCUAUGCCCAUGCUCUUCAUGCGCUGCUCAAGUGCCAACCAGAAAACCGUAUUUGUGCUGAUGUCAGUGGUACUCAGCCUUGGCAGGUAAAAUUAAUUAAACAAUGUCCCAACAUCAACAUAGACAACAGGGUCCUGCAUUCUCUACGGAAAACCCCUUUCCGCCCCCCAUCUGGGGAAACCAUCACUUUUGACACCAAUGGAGAUGUUUCUGCAUCAUAUGACAUUGUGACCAUCCAGAUUCUUAAAGAAGAAUUCCAAAUGCUGACUGUUGGAUCAUUUAACCCUGAGGCAAAGUCAGGUCAUGUGAUCGAUAUUAACACCAGCAAAAUUCUGUGGAAUGAGCGAUUUUCCCAGUGUUUCAUUCCAGAUGCUGCUGAAUGUCUGCGAUGCCCAGGAGAUCAGUGGUCAAAUGAAGAACGGAACAGAUGCAUCCCGAAGAUUAUAGAGUUCCUUUCUUAUCAAGAACCACUGGGAAUUAUACUAGUACUGAUAUCCACUGGGUCCUCCUUCCUGGCACUUUGCAUCCUAUUGAUAUUUAUUAGGUUCAAAGACACACCUGUGAUCAAAGCCACCAACAGGGAAUUGAGUUACACCCUGCUGGUGUCACUUAUUAUCUGCUUCCUCUGCUGUCUGGUGUUUAUUGGUAAACCAUCCACUGUCACCUGCCUCCUAAGACAAACCAUCUUCAGUGUGAUCUUCUCUGUUAGUAUCUCCUCAGUACUGGCUAAGACAAUCAUGGUGAUCCUGGCCUUCAAAGCUACCCAGCUGAACAGCCCACUAAGAAAAUGGCUGGGUCCCACCAUUCCUCGUAAUGUCGUAGGACUUUGUUCGGUCUUACAGAUUGCUAUAUGUUCAGUGUGGCUUCAUAGGUCACCUCCGUUUCCAACUACGAAUACUGAAACAGAAAACAAUAAAAUAAUUCUUGAGUGCAAUGAAGGCCAGAAAGUGUUUCACUACAUGUCUCUGGGGUUCAUGGGUUUCUUGGCCAUGAUAAGCUUCGUAGUGGCUUUCCUGGCAAGGAACCUACCUGGAAGCUUCAAUGAGGCCAAAUUGAUCACCUUCAGUAUGCUGGUCUUCUGCUGUGUCUGGAUCUCCUUCAUCCCGGCCUAUCUUAGCACCAGUGGCAAGUACACCGUGGCGGUUCAGAUAUUUGCGAUCUUGGCUUCAAGUGCUGGACUGCUAAGCUUCAUCUUUCUUCCCAAAUGUUGCAUUAUCCUACUGAGACCAGAAAUGAACAGCCGAAAGUUUAUUAGUGUAAAAAGAUUUUAGAUAUCAAAGAUUAUAGAUGACAACAGGUGCUGCGUCAUACUGCUGGAAGUGCAU